AUGUAUCCAAAUGGAUCUGUCCGCUCACUGGUCCUGACAUUACACUCUUUGGAACUGCCUGAGAUGAGCAUUUAUCCUGCAUUCAUAUUUGGAUUAACAACUUACUUGUUCAUCUUACUCUGCAAUGUAACAAUUGUUGUCACCAUUUGCUUGAACAGGAAUCUUCAUAAACCAAUGUACAUACUGUUGCUUAACAUGCCUAUCAAUGAUGCAAUGGGUGCUACAAACCUUUUUUCUCAGCUGCUGUAUAGUAUAUGGUCUCAGGACACAUCCAUAUCCUACCCUGCAUGUUUGCUUCAAGGCUUUGUUGUACACCUGUAUGGUGGCGCAUCCUAUGUUAUUCUUACUGCUAUGGCCUUUGACAGAUAUAUCGCUAUCUGCUCCCCACUGAGAUAUGGAGCCAUUAUGAAUACCAAUAACUUGGUGAAAAUCAUAUCUGGGAUGUGGCUUUUUAAUUUUACUGUCAUAAUUGUUCUUUUCUCUCUUUUUCUGAAUUACAAGAUUUGCCAGACACACAUGACAGAUCUCAUCUGUUAUAAUCCAUCUAUAAUGAAACUCAUGUGUGAAGACACAAAAGUGAAUAAUAUCUAUGGAUUGUUUACCCUGGUUUUGUACCACAUCCUUGCAUUUUCUGUUGUGGCAUUUACAUAUAUUCAUAUAUUAAUCGCCUGUGUUACUAAUAAGCAGUCUGAUACAAAGAAUAAGGCACUUCAGACAUGUGUCACUCAUUUAGUGGUCUUCCUGUUCUUGGAGUUCAACACUCUUUUUCCCCUUUUUGCACAUCGGUCUGAAAGUGUUCCAGCUCACAUACGCAGGAUGUUUUCCAUAACAGUUUUUGUGUUUCCUCCUCUUGUCAAUCCACUUGUGUAUGGUUUUAAAACUAAAGAGAUUAGACAGAAAAUUCUCACCUGUUUCAAGCGUAAGAUACAUAGUGUCUAA